CUUGCCUCAUACUGCAUACUAGAGCAAAUCCCACAAAAAUGGUGAACCAAAUCCUCUUCCCAUUGUCACUUGUAGUGAUCAUCCUCUGCUUCCCCAAUGUCUUUGCUCAGGCUCAGGCUCCGGCACAACCCCCGGUUACUCUGCCUCCACCAGUGGCCCCGGUUACUCUGCCUCCACCAGUGGCCCCGGUUGCUCAGCCACCCCCAGUAGCCCCGGUUGCUCAGCCUCCAGCUCAAGUGCAGCCCGUGACAAUGGGGCCGGCACCAGCAGGGCCAACCAACCUCACUGCCAUCCUUGAGAAGGCUGGUCACUUCACCACUCUCAUCCGGCUGCUGAGGAGCACACAGAUUGAUGCUGAAAUCUACAAGCAGCUCAACGAUUCGAGCCAGGGCCUAACAGUUUUUGCCCCAACUGAUAAUGCCUUUGGCAACCUCACCCAAGGAAUACUCAACUCAUACAGUGAUCAGCAGAAGUUCCAGCUGGUGAAGUUCCAUCUCCUCCCCUCCUUCUUUUCCCUCCCCGAGUUCCAAACUGUCAGCAACCCGAUGAGCACAGAGGCCGGGAGCAACUCUCAGUACCCGCUAAACGUGACCACUACCGGCAGCGUGGUGAACGUAUCAACCGGGGUUGUUAAUGUAACAGUAGAUGGCACAGUUUAUACUGAUAACCAGUUGGCAGUGUAUCAGGUGGACCAGGUGCUUCUUCCAUUAUCCUUUUUUGUGACUCCAGCACCGGCUCCUGCACCAUCAUUAUUGGUGCCCAAGAAGAAGGCUCCAUCUCCUUCAGCCCAAUCCACCAGUAAUUCUGAUGAUUCUGAUACUAGUACUACUACAGCUUCCGGCGCAAUUCGAUUGGCAAUCAAUGCCAUGUCCCUUGCAGGAUUUGUUGUUGCAGCACUGUCUUUAUGUGCUUGA